GCGACAGUUCUGAAAUUCAACGCGGGUCAACACUGUCUUUGGUCAACAUCCCAUAUUCAAAACAGUAGGGGCAAAAUGGUUUUAUGCGAAUAGUUUUCAUUGAAAGCAAACUUGCAUGGAAGCAUUUUCACCCUCCUUCAUGCCCGAGGACCAGAGACUUUCGUCUGUGAGCUUUUCUGUGACGAUAACGAUUGCAUGUUACAAGUAAACAAGUCGAGUUAGCAAGCUAGCUAGCUAGCUGGGGCCAGUUGUGCUGGGUCUGAAAUCGAAACCUAAGAGCGUUGCCAUUAGGUUUUGUUUUGUAUUCCUUUCUCCUGUUCUAAACUCAUCACCGACAUCGAGCUUUAGCAAACUGGCGAAUUGUUCUUUGGUGCUUUUCUUUCGGAUAGGAGGUUGAAGAGGACAGGAAUGCACUUCAAUUAUCUGACACUAUAAACUUCAGCCAACCAUGAUAAAAAGGAAAUUCGUGGCGGCCGAGGAGCCGUCUAAGAAAAAGAAGCAGCCCAGGCGGGAUGAGGCUAGCUCUGAUGAAGAGGAGUCGGCUCAACACACCACUAGCCAAGACUCCAGUCAGAGUGACUCGAUGAGCGAUGCCGAGGAGCCCCGAGCUAGCUUCUCCAGGCCGGCCCAGAGCCCGCAGGCCGACAGUCAGGAGUCCUCCGCCGGCAAGUUCGCCAUGUACAACAGCGUCUCACAGAAGCUCAUGGCUAAAAUGGGCUUCCGUGAGGGCGAGGGUCUGGGUAAGUUCGGCCAGGGCCGCAAGGACAUCGUGGAGGCGUCCACCCAGCGGGGCAGGAGGGGUCUGGGGCUCAUGCUCAAGGGCUUCCAGGGGGAGCUCAACGUGGACUGGAGGGACGAACCAGCGCCCAGCGCCACAGAGCCGGUGGAGUGGUUUCCUGAGUGUUCCACGGAGAUCCCGGACUCCGACGAGCUGAAGGACUGGAUGCACAUCGGGGAGAGGAAGUUGAAGAUUGAGGAUGAGACCGAGUUCUGCUCUGAAGAUCUGUUGCAUCUUCUUCUCCGCUGUAAGAAUGUGUUUGAUGAUUUAGAGGGUGAGGAGAUGAGGAGGGCACGAACCCGCUCCAAUCCAUAUGAGACUAUAAGAGGGGCCUUCUUCCUGAACAGAGCUGCCAUGAAGAUGGCAAACAUGGACCAUGUCUUUGACUACAUGUUCACCAACCCAAAGGACUCACAAGGGAAGCCCCUGACGCGGGACAAGGAGGGCGAGCUGCUGUACUUCGGCGACGUGUGCGCGGGCCCCGGCGGCUUCUCGGAGUACGUGCUGUGGAGGAGGAAGUGGCACGCCAAGGGCUUCGGCAUGACCAUCAAAGGGCCCAACGACUUCAAGCUGGAGGACUUCUACGCCGCGCCCAGCGAGCUCUUCGAGCCCUACUACGGUGAGGGAGGCGUGGAUGGAGACGGCGACAUCACGCGGCCAGAGAACAUCACAGCGUUCCGGAACUUUGUGCUGGAGAACACGGAACGUCGCGGCAUGCAUUUCCUCAUGGCAGACGGAGGCUUCUCUGUGGAGGGCCAGGAGAACAUCCAAGAGAUUCUCAGCAAGCAGCUGCUGCUCUGCCAGUUCCUCACGGCUCUGUCCGUGCUCAGGACAGGUGGCCAUUUUGUGUGCAAGACCUUUGACCUGUUCACACCCUUCAGCGUGGGGCUGAUCUACCUGCUCUACCUGUGCUUCGACAGGGUCUCCCUCUUCAAGCCCGUCACCAGCCGCCCGGCCAACUCCGAGAGGUAUGUUGUAUGCCAAGGCCUGAAGCCGGGGUCAGACGCGGUGCGGGAGUACCUGUUCACCGUCAACAUCAAGCUGAACCAGCUGCGAAACAAAGAGCUGGACGUCAACGAGGUCGUCCCACUGGACAUCAUCCGAUCGGACACGGACUUCUUCCACCACAUGAUCCACUCCAACGAGAACCAUUGUGCAGUGCAGGUGAAGGCCCUGGCCAAGAUCCACGCCUUCGUGUUGGACAAUACUUUGUCAGAGACCCGUCAGGCUGACAUCCGUAAGGAGUGCUUCAAAGCAUGGGGGAUCCCUGAUAAAGCCAGAGUGGCCCCUGGCCCAUCAGACCCUAAAAGCAAGUUCUACGAACUGAUGAAGGGUUCGGACAUAGACUGGCUGAGCCUGAAGCCGACGCCGCUGACCGCCACUACACUGGAUAAGGUGCAGCACGUGCUCGACCACAGGUGCAUCGUGGGAGGAGGAGAGCAGCUGUUUCUGCUGUCGCUUGGGAGGUCCCAGAUCUACACGUGUGACGGGCGGAUGCCGCUGCGCUGGAGGAAGCUGGAGACGGUCAACAAGCUGGAGCUGCCCCGGGACACCCUGCUGAGCGUGGAGAUUGUGCAGGAGCUCAAGGGGGAGGGGAAGGCCCAGCGGAGAAUAAAUGCGGUCCACGUUCUGGACGCGUUGGUGUUGAACGGGACUGACGUGAGAGUGCAGCACUUCAACCAGCGGAUCCAGAUGGUUGAGAAGUUUGUGAAGGCGGUGUCCAAACCUAGCAGACCCGACAUGAACCCAAUUCGGGUGAAGGAGGUGUACAGGCUGGAGGAGAUGGACAAGAUCUUUGUCAGGCUGGAGAUGAAGAUAACAAAGGGGUCGGGAGGGAUGCCCCGUCUGUCCUACACGGGUCGAGAUGACCGCCACUUCCUGCCCAGCGGCCUCCACAUAAUCAAGACCGUCAACGACCCCUGGACAAUGGCGUACAGUAAAAGCUCAAAGAGGAAGUACUUCUACAACAAAACGACGCACCACUCCACCUUUGACCUGCCAGGAGACUCAGUUGCCCCUUUCCAUGUCUGCCAUAAGGAGCGAAUCUUCUGGGCAUGGGAGGAAGGGGUCAAAGUUCACGAUUCCCAGACACGGGUCGAUCCUGAGAAGCUCUCCAAAGAACAUCUGCUGGAGUUCAUCCAUCAACAUUACCAGCACUGAAAACACACAACAACAAUACUCUUGUCUGAUUUCCAUCCAAACACACACACACACACACACACACACACACACACACACACACACACACACACACACACACACACACCAGUACACAUAUACAUGCAGUGAACAGAGUGCAGUGUGCAGAGACCUUUAAACAUCAUUUAAACUGAAAAAAAGGAGUUACCCUUUUAGUGAUGCAUGCUGCCUAUGCUUGUAGCCCACCAUGUGUUAGACAGAAACUUUGUAUUCAUUUGUAUGUGUGUGUGUGUGUGUGUGUGUGUGUGUGUGUGUUCGUCAGUCCAGCUUUGUCAGAUGUGUUACCCUGGAUCUGUAGCCUGGUGCUUCAGUGUCAGUCGGCACAUCUGCUGUUCACGAAGCUCGACAUCAUUUAUUUGUGUGUGCAAGGGAGCAUGGAGAGAUUGUGUUUUGGGAAGAGCUUAGGAAGACAUUUUAUUGUUGUCGCCUCUGUUUGGUGUUAUAGAGUUAGUUGGGACAUGUACGUGUGCUUGUCUACCUACUUAACAUGCACGGGUCCGUUCUGUUUAUGGAGCCCUCUUGGAAUAGACAGUAGUCUGUCUGCGUGCAAUGAGGUGUCUGUCUUCAUUAUGUCUCUCUGCUGUCUGUGUGCAGCGAGGUGUCUCUCUCUCUCUGUGCUGUCUGUGUGCAGCAAGGUGUCUCUCUCUCUCUCUCUGCUGUCUGUGUGCAGCAAGGUGUCUCUCUCUCUCUCUGUGCUGUCUGUGUGCAGUGAGGUCUCUCUCUCUCUCUCUGUGCUGUCUGUGUGCAGCGAGGUGUCUCUCUCUCUCUCUCUGUGCUGUCUGUGUGCAGCGAGGUGUCUCUCUCUCUGCACUGUCUGUGUGCAGUGAGGUCUCUCUCUCUGUGCUGCCUGUGUGCAGUGAGGUCUCUCUCUCUGUGCGGUCUGUGUGCAGGGAGGUCUCUCUCUCUGUGCUGUCUGCGUGCAGGGAGGUCUCUCUCUCUGUGCUGUCUGCGUGCAGGGAGGUGUGUCUGAGGUCUGUCUCCUCUCCCCUGUGCUCCUUUGGCCUUAAGCCUCAUUUUCACGCAAGUUUCAUCUGGUGUUACUCUCCUUCAGUUGCAUCACACCGGCCAUUUUGUUUUUAACCCGUUUAAUGGGAAUAAUAAAGGUAAUAAUUAUAAUAGAGGUAAUUAUUGAGGAUAAAAGAAAAGGACAAUGAUUUUGUUUAACUGUUCCCUGUUUUUAUUUCCCUCGUGAGAGUCUGUUUAUGCUGAGUGGAGCGUUUCCAUUCCAGAACAGGAUGUAGUUUAGGACUUGAUGCCUAAGUCCAAUGGAAAAUAAAGAUGCAAAAAGUC